AAAUUAAGAUCAGAAACAACAUAAGAAGCUGCCUUAAUCAACAGCAAAAAAUCUGAACUUUGACGAACUCUCCCAAGUUUUCAUCCUCAAAAUCAUCACAAUUGACUAUAGAAACUGUCAUCCCCCUUGCACACCAAUCCAAACGAAACAUUCAACAACAUCACAUCAUCAUUACAAUAAAAUUAUCAAUCAAUUACUCCAACUUCAAACAUCAGAAGUUUCCAAAGCACAAUUUUUCUUUUUCCUCUUCCCCAAAGUCUUAGGCACAUUCCUGCCGAACUCUGCCGGCUAUCAAUCUUUGAACUCUUCUCCCUCCCUCUCAUUCCAAUAAAACCAACCCCAAUCUCAUUUUCAUCAUUUUUCAUCUCCUUUCUUGUAUCUCACAAUGAUGCCCUUCAUUUUCUUUGCUUUUCUUGUCUUGCCAUUCACAUACACUAAUUCCGUUUUUGCCUUCCCACCAUUACCUUCAUUCCCACCAAUCCCAUCAUUCACCAAUCCAUGGGAAGGCUUCCAAAACCUCUCCGGCUGCCACCCGGGCGACAAAGUCCCCGGCAUCUCCAACCUCAAGCAAUACCUCCACGACUUCGGGUAUAUCUCCAACCCACCCCCCACCAACUUCACAGACUCCUUCGAUGACGAUCUUGAAGCCGCAAUUAAAACAUACCAAAAAAACUUCAAACUCAACAUCACCGGCUUCCUCGACCCAUCCACGAUCAACCAAAUGACACUCCCACGCUGCGGCAUGCCGGACAUCAUCAAUGGCACCUCAACCAUGGCCUUAUCACUCCACGGCCGCAAACUUUACACCUACUUCACCGGCAAUCCUCGCUGGCCUUCGUCCAAAUCCCAGCUCACCUACGCCUUCACCGCCACCUCCUCCGUGUCUAUCUCCACCUCCACUCUCAGCACUGUCAUCUCUCGUGCCUUCUCUCGCUGGGCGGCAACAACGACCUUAACUUUCACCGAGGUUGGAUCCGAGUCCGACCCUGACAUCACCAUUGGAUUCUACUCCGGGGACCACGGUGAUGGAGAACCGUUUGAUGGGGUUUUGGGAACGCUGGCGCAUGCGUUCUCACCGACGGAUGGGAGGUUUCAUCUGGAUGCGGCGGAGCAGUGGGUGGCGGAGGGGGAUGUGACGACGGCGAGCUCGGACGCGGCGAUAGAUUUGGAGUCGGUGGCGGUGCAUGAGAUCGGGCACUUGCUGGGGCUGGGGCACACGUCGGUGGAGAGUGCGAUCAUGUAUCCGACCAUCAAGACGAAGACGAAGAAGGUGGAGCUUGCGGAGGACGACGUGGUGGGGAUCCAGAAUUUGUACGGAAAGAACCCGAACUACACCGGAGUGGCGCCGGCGACGACGGUGCAGCAGAUGGAUACUAGUGACGCAGGGUUGGGGUUGGGCUUGGGUUUUGGGUCGUUAUUUUGGCGGGUUUUGGUCGUCAGUGGGGUUGUUGGUGGUUUGGUUCUUGGGUAGUGGUUGGUUUAGUAUUAGUUUUGUUAUUUAUUAUUUAUUUUUUUUAUUUGACUGA